CCAUACACCUAACACCUACCCUCUUUUCAUUUCAAGUUUUUUUAUAAGUUAUAACUGAAGUACUACUGUAAUAGCUUCAUUAGCUUCCUGAUUUUACUAAUUUCAUGCUUAGAACAAGGAUUGAAUUUGAUGAAUAAGCAAGAGUAACUUAUUAUACUGAAAUAUGUGACUUCUUUAAAGCAUUUAACAAGAGGCAAUAGAUUUGGAGAAGAAAAGGAACUUCAAUUCAUGUAGCAAAAAAGUUAAUUAACUUAAUCUGCAAAGUAUUAAAGAUACUUAAAACAACAGUUGAAAAGAUUAACUUUUUACUACACUAAAAGUACAAAUAAAAAAGGGGCAAUAGAUUUGAAGAAGAAAAAGAACUUCAAUUCAUGUCACAAGAGAGAUAAUUCACCUAAUCUGUAAAAAGAGGCAAUAGAUUUGGAGAAGAAAAGGAACUUCAAUUCAUGUAGCAAAAAAGUUAAUUACCUUAAUCUGCAAAGUAUGAAAGAUACUUAAAACAACAGUUGAAAAGAUAAACUUUUUACUACACUAAAAGUACAAAUAAAAGUAAGUAAUUUGCUAAAAACUUGAAUUGUAAUUAAUGGCUGAUGCAAUAUUAUUUAAAAACAACAUGAAACAUAGAAAUCACUCUUUCUUCUCAACUAAUUUGAUAUGAUUGAUUAUGAAAGUAAAGAAAAAUGCCUCAAGUAGGCUAUGUUGUAUUGUUUUAAUAAACAUAACAAUAUUUGAGCAAAAAGUUCAUCAAAUUAUAUUGAUAUACAUAACUUUUAAACCCCAAAUCCUACAAAAAUAUACUCACAAAGCCAGUUCACUAAUUCUAAUUAGUUUCUAGAUUGUCUGAUAAGUUAUGUCAGAAAUUGAAUGCAAAAAAAUGUUUAAGGUCACUAAAAAGCCUCGCCUUAAGUGCCCAAUAUGUAGAAAAAUGUUUUCAACUCUAUCAAAAAUGAAGUGUCAUAUAUAUUUACACACAGAUGAGCGUCCCUUUAGAUGUUUGACAUGUGAGAAAACAUUUACUAAUCUAAUUCAAGUAAAGAAUCAUUUGUUGACUCAUUCUGAUAAGCGUCCUUAUAAGUGCACUACAUGUGGAAAAUCAUUCCAAACCAAAAUAAAUAUGAAGAGACAUACAUUAGUACACACAGGAGAGAGGCCUCAUAAGUGCACUAUAUGUGGAAAAUCAUUCCAAACCAGUGGCAGUAUGAAGAUGCAUACAUUAGUACACACCGGAGAGAGACCUCAUAAGUGCACUACAUGUGGGAAAUCAUUCCAAACCAAAAAGAAUAUCAAGAUUCAUACAUUAGUACACACCGGAGAGAGACCUCAUAAGUGUACUACAUGUGGAAAAUCAUUCCAAACCAGGAGCAGUAUGAAGAUUCAUACAUUAGUACACACCGGAGAGCGACCUCAUAAUUGUACUACAUGUGGGAAAUCAUUCCAAACCAGGAGCAGUAUGAAGAUUCAUACAUUAGUACACACCGGAGAGAGACCUCAUAAGUGUACUACAUGUGAAAAAUCCUUCCAAACCAGGAGCAGUAUGAAGAUUCAUACAUUAGUACACACUGGAGAGAGACCUCAUAAGUGUACUACAUGUGGAAAAUCAUUCCAAACUAAAAAAGAUAUGAAGAGACAUACAUUAGUACACACUGGAGAGAGACCACAUAAGUGUGCUACAUGUGGAAAAUCAUUCCAAGACAAAAAGGAUGUGAAGAUUCAUACAUUAGUACACACCGGAGAGAGACCUCAUGGAUGCACUACAUGUGGAAAAUCCUUCCAAACCAAGAGCAUUAUGAAGAUUCAUACAUUAGUGCACACCGGAGAGAGACCUCAUAAGUGUACUAUAUGUGGGAAAUCCUUUACAACCAGUGGCGAUUUGAAGAAACAUACAUUUGUACACACCGGAGAGAGACCUCAUAGAUGCACUACAUGUGGAAAAUCCUUUACAACCAGUGGCAGUAUGAAGAGACAUUCAUUAGUACACACUGGAGAGAGACCACAAAGAGCUCUACAUGUGGAAAAUCCUUCACAACCAACAGGAAAAUGAAGUAACAUACACUAGUACACACCGGAGAGUGGCCGCUUAAGCACUACAUGUGGAAAAUCCUUCACAACACAACCAGUAGCCAAAUGAAGAAACAUACAUUAGUACACACCGGAGAGUGGCCGCUUAAGCACUACAUGUAGAAAAUCCUUCACAACACAACCAGUAACCAAAUGAAGAAACAUACAUUAGUACACACUGGAGAGACACCACAAAUGUUUAUUUAACAUUUAACAACUGUUAAUUUCAUGUUGUUUUACAAUGCUUAGUUGUAUCUUUGACUAUCAAUACAACUUCAGUACCGGUUUUACGGUAACCAAUAGUCAAUGAUUGUAUCAAAGGUUGUAUCUAAGACUGUUUAUUUCUUUAGAUAAAUUUUUAUUCUUAUAUAUAUUUAUGACAACUGAGAACUUUGAUGUAAUGCAGAGGGUCGAGGUUCUUUCCAGAGCUAUUAUGUUAUUAUUGUGCAUUGCCUUAAUCCAGAAAACCCGUAUGUAGUGUGGAUUUAUCAAUUUUACUGUAAUAUAUUUUAUUGAUAACAUGAGGUGGAUUUAUGUAUUGAGUCCACAUAAAAUCUUGAAUUAGGAUAAACCUACAAUAUAAAUUACAUAUCUCCCAUAAUCAAACUUAUAUAUUGAUUUUUAAAUGUUUGUUAAUUUUUAUACAAGUAGUAAAAAUAAAAAGGUAUGAACUGCUUUA